GAUGUCUGCAAUGGGUGUCAGUGCAACGUCAAUGACACUCCAAACCAGGGGUGGACUGACCAUUUGGAAACUCGAGCACUGCCCGAGGGCCCGAGGUCAGUAGGGGGCCCCAUGAGAUGCCCCUGGUACCUUUUUCUUAGGCUUUUUUGGGUUUGGGCAAGGACACAGGGGCCCCAUGAUCCCCUAUUGCCCGUCCCGGGGUCAGUAGGGUGCCCCAUGAGAUGCCCCUGGUACCUUUUUCAUAGGCUUUUUUGAGUUUGGGCAAGGACACAGGGGCCCCAU